AUGACGAAGAGUAACGGAGAAGACGCCAGAACUGGCAACAGGAUGGAACGCUUCCAGCAAGGAGUUCGGAAACGUACAGUCAUGGCAAAAAAGAGGGUGCAAAGUAUCACAAAGGAGGAUGUUAAAAGUUACCUACUGCGGAAUUUUUUUGUGCUGUUCACCAUCAUUGCGGUCAUUGUUGGGGUCAUCAUUGGAUUUUCCCUCCGCUCAUACCACCUGAGCUACAGAGAAGUUAAAUACUUUUCCUUCCCUGGAGAACUCUUAAUGAGAAUGCUGCAGAUGCUGGUUUUGCCUCUCAUAGUGUCCAGCUUAGUGACAGGAGUUGCUGCCCUGGACAGCAAAGCGUCAGGGAAGAUGGGACUUAGAGCUGUUGUCUACUACAUGAGUACCACCAUCAUUGCCGUCUUCAUUGGAAUAAUCAUGGUGGUCAUAAUUCAUCCUGGGAAAGGGUCGAAGGAAAAGAUGCACCGAGAAGGCAAAAUUGUACAGGUGACAGCUGCAGAUGCCUUUCUGGACUUAAUCAGAAACAUGUUUCCUCCAAAUCUGGUUGAAGCCUGCUUUAGACAGUUCAAAACAAACUACGAGGAAAGAACGCACAGUGCACCGGUUGCAGUUAAUGAAUCAUCGGUCCUUACUGCCAUUAUAAACAAUGUGACAGAAGCAAUGGAGAAUCUCACCCAGUUGAAAAAGGAGAUGAUCCCCAUUCCAGGCGCUGUAAAUGGAGUGAAUGCCCUUGGGCUGGUAGUGUUCUCAAUCAGCUUUGGACUGGUGAUUGGGAACAUGAAGGAGCAAGGACGAGCAUUAAGAGAUUUCUUUGAUAGCCUUAAUGAGGCCAUCAUGCGACUGGUAGCACUAAUUAUGUGGUAUGCCCCACUUGGUAUCAUGUUCUUGAUCGCUGGGAAAAUUGUUGAGAUGGAAGAUAUGGGUGUGAUCGGAGGACAGCUUGCCAUGUAUACAAUAACCGUUAUCAUUGGAUUGCUCAUCCACGCUAUCGUUGUUCUCCCGCUACUCUACUUCCUAGUCACUCGAAAGAACCCUUGGGUCUUCAUUGGAGGAUUGCUGCAAGCUCUCAUCACAGCCUUAGGAACAUCAUCAAGUUCCGCCACCUUGCCCAUCACAUUUAAAUGUUUGGAAGAAAACAAUGGAGUGGAUAAACGUAUUACGAGAUUUGUGCUCCCUGUGGGUGCAACUAUUAACAUGGAUGGCACAGCUCUGUAUGAGGCACUGGCUGCAAUUUUCAUUGCACAAGUUAAUAACAUGGAACUAAACUUUGGACAGAUUAUCACAAUCAGCAUCACGGCUACUGCUGCCAGCAUCGGUGCAGCUGGAAUUCCUCAGGCUGGCCUGGUCACCAUGGUGAUUGUAUUGACAUCUGUCGGCUUGCCAACAGACGAUAUUACCCUGAUCAUUGCAGUCGAUUGGUUCUUAGACCGCCUGCGUACCACUACUAACGUUCUGGGAGAUUCCAUCGGUGCAGGGAUUGUAGAACACUUGUCACGGCACGAAUUGAGGAACAAGGAUGCCGAGAUGGGCAAUUCGGUGAUCGAGGAGAAUGAAAUGAAGAAGCCUUACCAGCUGAUCUCACAAGAGAAUGAAAAUGAAAAGCCCGUAGACAGUGAAACCAAGAUGUGA